AUGGAAAAUGAAAAAAAAAAUAACCAAAAACAAAACAGCGUUGAUGAAAAAGAAUUUCCAAACUCGAAAGUUUUACUAGUGUCAGUAAAAAGAACGAGGAGAUUUCUAGAGAGAACAGCAAGGGAAUUACUAGCAGGAGGAACCAAGUACAUUAUCCUCAGUGGUUUAGGUGAUGCUUUACCAUUAUGUGUCCAACUACAGUCGUCCCUCCAGUCAAAAAAUGCAGCCUUUGUUGUCAAAAUUGAAACUUCGUAUAGUUACUUUAACUCCAAUUAUUCGUACACCCCCGGGUUAAAAAUUUAUAUGGAAAAGCACCCAGAUUUUAAAGGCUCCAGAAUAUCACCAGGCUAUGUCAGCUUCCAUGAGAAGACUGAUGGAUUUACCCCCAUCUUUGAUGAAAAUCCUAAUGAAUAUAUUUGCUCUGUCAAUGCGGGAGAUAGCAACUUAUACGUAGGGGGUGAUGGUAUCAACGGAGCCUUUGCCGAUCUAUUGUCUUCGCAAAACCAGGAGGUUGAUAAAUAUGAGGACUUGUUCAAGGCCCUCCAAUGUGUACCAGCAUCACCGCUGGGAAACCAUGUUGGUGUUUUCCCACCCUAUGUAAUGCAUCCCGCCAACAACAACAACAACAACAACAACAACAACAACAACAACAACAACAACAACAACAACAACAAUAACAACAACAACAACAACAACAACAAUAACAACAACAAUAACAACAAUAACAACAACAACAACAACAACAACAACGACAACAACACCACUAUCACCCCUAUCACCACUAUCACCACCCAACAGGAUCUCCUAAACAAAGCUGUACAAGAGCAUGGCGAUAAAACCGAUGACGAAAUAAAAUCCGUAAUAAACGAUAACCUGGACAAAAAAUACCCAGAUGUGAAACUAGCCCUCUGUAGAAUCCGAAGCAGCUUAAAGGAAGGGGAUGAUUACACCACGGGAUCUGUCUUCAUCGUGACAUUUAAAAAGAACUUCCCACAUAAGAAAGAGAAAAACAUGGGCAUGGUAUAUGUCGUUGGACCCAAAGGAAAGAACUACAGCUCGGUAGAAGAAUUUAUCGAGGCGGUUCAUGAAACGGCAGAAAAUCUGAUGACGGCUCUAUGUGAUUACAACGGUUUGGUCAAACGUGAAGAAAUAAAACACGUAAGAAUGAACACGUGUAGAAUCUGCUUAUUUUCCGGAAGCAUAUACAAACACCCCAAUGCUUCAAAACUUGAUGUGGCAAAAGCUAUCUUGAAUGGCUUGGCCGUUGGAUACAGACACGGACCAUCCCCCAGACUGAACUUCACCUAUGACGAAAACGUGUUUAAGGAUGCUUGGAUAGAGACCACGGGGCUGCAGGUUUUUAACCACAAUGAGAAGGAAUAG